AUAAAAUAAUUUUGGCUCAGGUUUAAAAAAAGAAUGUGUAUUGUUUCAUCAUUCAAACUGAUCGGAUGAUAGCUCGCAUUCUUGAACAUUUGUGAAACACUUAACUAAAAAGAUAUUUCUAUUUGUAAAUAGUCGAAGAAGGACAAUUUGUUUUUGUUAUAGUCCAGAGAAUUGUGAUAGUUUGACUUUCAAAUAUUUUCAUCAACGAGCCGAAUUUUCAAUUUGAAACAUUCAAAAUGAUUUCAGAAAUCUGGAUGUUGUUGCUGGUAACAUCAAUUUUCGGUUUUAUUCCAUCAUUGACAUCGUAUAGUGUUUACAUUCAUGACAAACCUUUUUCGUCGAUAGACGCCAUAAAUAUUUGUAAAUGCAAGUAUUUAACAAAAAUUAAUGUUACAAACAGUUCUACAAAAUUAUUGCCCAGUCGUUUUUUAGUGAACUGUCAUAGUUUAGAAACUUUGAUUCUAUCGAAGAACGAAAUUAUGGAAAUUACACACGACACAUUCAAUGAUUUAUCUAAUUUGUUAACAUUAGAUUUGUCUAGAAAUCACAUCACCACUUUACCUAAAGACGUUUUCAAACCGUUAACUAAUUUAAUAAUUUUAGUAUUGAAUCGAAAUCGAAUUGAAAUGAUUGAUUCCAAUCUAUUUUUACACAAUCAAUAUUUAUUUCAUUUAGACAUAAGUGAUAAUAACCUGAAAACUAUUGAACCAAAAUCAUUUCGUAUGUUAGAAUAUUUGUAUUUUUUGAAUAUGUACAAUAAUCCUAGUUUAAAUAGCACUGAUUUUUUGUAUGAUGACCGAUAUGUUCCAAGUUCUAUAAAUAUGGCAAAUU